AUGCAGGAUCAUGCAUCUUCAGAUUCGAACGUAGAUGCAACUGGUGCUGUGCAGCCUCUCAACAUUCCGCCAUCGAGGGCGCGAAGAACACUUGCUGCUCGACUAGCACAGCGAAAUCAGGACAAACCAUCAAAUGACGAUCCUGAUGCAGCCGAUGCAUCCGCCCUCGAAGUCGCUUCCGAUCUCCCUGAAGAACCUUGGGAACUAUCCAACAUGGCACAGGCGCAAGAUCCAGAGGGUCUGCAGAUCACUGGUCUGAGAACGGUUUCUGGAGCCAGCCACCUUUCCCGAGGAAGUCGCAGCAAAUUCUCCGGACUAUUCAGUAGUAGUGAUGAUUCGGACAAUGAUGAUGACGAUGACGAUGAUGACGACGAUGAUAAUGACGAUUCCAGUCUCGACGAAGACGAAGCCGGCCGAGACCACACUUUGACGCGAGAAGGCGGUGAAUACGAGGACGAGAGCCCCAGUGCACCCCGUCGUCGCCGGUCCAUUCGGCGACCCAAUACGACGGAAGCUGCGGUGCGAAGACCCUUGGAUGACGGGGAUACUUCUUCGUCGUCAGAGGAUCUGGAAAUCAGCGAUUUACCGGAUGAUCUGCCGGAUAGUCUGGAGAGAAAACUCGUCUUGGAAGCGGCGGCACAAGGAGGUCCUUUUGCAGAUCCGCCCAGCGGGUUUGGAGAUGGUGGCAUCGAUGACGACGACGAUAGUAGCGAGGAUGAGUUGGUGGAGAUUCGAUCGGUCAGGAGGCCGAGCUAG